CUGCCGCCGUGGAGGGAGGAAGGGGGGGGACGGUGAUGGCGGCCAUGGCGGCGCGGGCGGCGGAGGCCGAGGCGCUGUUCGAGGCCCACACGGCGGCGGAGCUGCGGGCGGCGGAGCGGCGGCUGCGGGCCGGCAUCGAGCAGAAGCGGGAGGAGCUGCGGCAGAUGGUGGGCGAGCGUUACCGCGACCUCAUCGAGGCGGCCGACACCAUCGCCGAGAUGCGGCUGAGCGCAGAGCGCCUGCUGGGAGCCGUCAGAGGGCUGCAGCGGGGCGGCGCGGCACGGCCCGGCCCUGCUCCGCCGGCUCCACCACGGGUGCCGGAGAAGCUGUACCGAGCUGCGGCACAGCUGAAGCUGCUGCUGGACAUCCCCGAGCGGGCGUGGGGCGCCAUGGAAGCCGGCCGGUACCUGCCCGCCGCCCGCCUCUACCUGCUGUGCCGCCACCUCCACGGCCUGCUGCAGCUCGACGCCCCCCGCGCCCGCUACAGCCCCGUCCUCGCCCGCUUCCCCAUCCUGCUGCGGCAGGUGGCCGCCGCCAGCCACUUCAGAUCCACCAUCCUGCAGGAGAGCAAGUCCCUGCUCCGGUGUCAGACCGUGUCGGACCAGGCGGUGGCGGAAGCCUUGUGUGCCAUCAUGCUCCUGGAGGACAGCUCUCCGCGCCAGGCCCUCGCAGACUUCUUGCUGGCCAGGAAGCUGGCGAUCCAGCAGCUCCUCAACCAGCCCCACCACGGUGCAGGAAUAAAAGCUCAGGUGUGUUCCCUGAUGGAGCUGCUAACCACCACUCUGUACCAGGCUUAUGCACUCUUCUACAUGAUGCCUGAAGGGAUGCCACCAGAUCCAGCCCUGCCCUGCGGCUUGCUCUUCUCCACCCUGGAGAGCACCACGGGCCAGCACCCAGCAGGGAAAGGCGGCGUUCUAGAGGACGAGGUGAAGCUGAGCAGCUGGUUCAGGUACCUCCCUGAGUCUGUGGUGGAGUUCCAGCCAACCCUGCGGACCCUGGCCCACCCUAUCAGCCAGGACUACCUCAGAGACACGCUGCAGAAGUGGAUUGCCAUGUGCAGCGAUGAUAUCAGGGCCGGGGUCAGCAACCUGCUGGUCUACGUGAAGAGCUUGAAAGGCCUCGCGGGGAUCCGCGAUGCGGUGUGGGAGCUGCUCACGAGCGAGUCCGUAAGCCAGCACUGGGACGUGGUGUGCCGUCGCCUUUUGGACAAGCCUGCUUCCUUUUGGGAGGACCUGCUGCGGCAGCUCUUCCUGGACAGGCUGGAGACGCUGACCAAAGAGGGCUUUGAAUCCAUCUCGAGCAGCUCCAAGCAGCUUCUCGUCUCAGCCCUGCAGGAACUCGAAGUCAAAUCCGCCGCCUCUGCCCCGAGCAAGCACGUCCAGUUUGAGCACAACGUGGCCUUGUUCCUGUGGUCGGAGAGCUCCAGCGAUCUGCCUUCGGACGCCGCCUGGGUCAACGUGGCAAACCGCAGCCAGUUUGCCAAGAGCGGGCUGUCCAUGAAGGCCCAGGCACUCACCCCGUGCGUGCAGAGCUUCUGCUCGGCUCUGGACCUGAAGCUGAAAGCCAGGCUGGACGACCUCCUCUCUUACCUUCCCGCGGAGCCCACGGCCCCCAAGGAGGCCGCUCUCGCCCCGCAGCCUCGCUCAGCCUUUGACCGCUACGCUGACACCGGGCUGGUGGAGGGCUUGCUGCGCGACCGCUGCGUCGCCUGCAUCCACCACGUACUGGGCUGCGUGCGAGAAGAGCUCCAGAGUGCCCAGAGCCUGCUGGGGGGACAGGCUGAUGCUCCCAGCGAUAGCAGGCUCAAUGCCGUCCUCUUCAUGGCCAGGCUCUGCCAGUCCCUGAGCGAGCUUUGCCCUCACCUCAAGCAAUGUAUCCUGGGCCAGUCGGGCGGCGCGGAGACGGCGCUGAAGGAAACCCGCUCCGCCAAGAAGCUGGGGAAGGGGAAAGCCCAAGAAGUGAAUCCAGUGCAGGCCAAGUGGCAGGAGGUGAAGGCAGAACUCCUGCAGCAGAGCCUGGUUGCUUAUCAGAUCUGGAGCUCCACUGUCACCAAAGCUCUGGUUCAGUGCUUUACCAACACGUUGCUGCUAGAUACAGCUGGCUCCGUCUUGGCUACAGCCACCAACUGGGAUGAGAUUGAAAUUCAGGAGGAGAGUGAGUCUGGAAACAGCGUGACGUCAAAGAUCCGGCUGCCUAUGCAGCCGUCCUGGUACGUCCAGGGCCUCCUCUUCAGCCUGUGCCAAGAGGUGAACCGGGUCGGGGGCCACACUCUGCCGAAAGUCACCUUGCAGGAGCUGCUGAAGACUUGCAUGGCAGAAGUGCUUGCUGCCUACAAAAAGCUCGUGGAGGAGAAGCAGGAGAAGCAAGCAGGCUCCUUCCCCAUGACCCAGAACAGAGCUCUGCAGCUGCUCUACGAUCUGCGGUACCUGAAUAUCAUCUUGACAGCGAAGGGUGAGGAAGCAAAGACCAGCAGGCUCAAGCACGACUCCAGGAUUGAGGAGGUGACUGACUUCCUGGAGGGACACAUCGAUCCGUUCGACUUGGACGUUUUUACUCCACACCUAAACGGCAACCUGAAUCGCCUGGUUCAGCGAACAUCUGUUCUCUUCGGCUUGCUGACCGGGACAGAGAACCAGUACACGAGCAGAAGCAGCGCUCUCAGCUCCCAGGAGCUCCACAAUAUCUUGCCCUUAGCAUCCAGCCAGAUCAGAUUUGGACUUCUGCCGCUGAGUAUGUCAAGCUCACGAAAGGCCAAGUCUGCUACCAGGAACGCAGAAAGAGUCCAGUGCGAUGCUGACCUUUAACUCCCGACGAAGCCUGGCUUGGGUUCCACCUCCUGCCCUCACAAGAGCAGAAGAGGAGGCAUCGCGCCCUGGCUCUUUGUUCAGGCAGCUUGUAACCGAGGAGGAAGACACAGCUGCACCUUCGCUCUUCAAGCUGGGAUGGCUUUCUGGCAUGACCAAG